AAGCGCAUGUAGAUUCCUAUCAUUGAAUAGCAAUGUCAACUGAAAAACUUUCCCAAAUGUUGAAGGAAGCCGUCUCCAGUAACCGAACUUCACUCACAAACCAAAAAACAGCAGCAAAAAUCACUACAAUCCUCAUAAAAUCCGGCCUUAAACCCUUUAAAACCAACCCAUCUCUGCUCUCUAAUCUCGACUCAAACGUAACCAGCCUCAUUCUCUCAAACCCAAAUCUCCCUCUUCAGUCUUGUACCCUCCUCUUCAACUUUUUAAAAACAAACCUUUCUCUUACUUCCCAAAAACCCAGUCUUAAAACCCAUAUAGCCAUCAUUCUAAGAUUGUACAAAGCUGGAAAAUUCAAAGAAAUAAAAGAAGUAUUGAAGUUUAUAAUCUUUGAUGAUAAUCUUAGAUACCCAGUUGAGGAAAUGAUUUCUCUAGUUGGUUUCGAGUGUAACGACUCAAACUUUCUUGAAAAGUUCUGUGACUUGUAUUUUAGAGUUUGUGUAGAUAACAAAAUGUUUGAAGAGGCAAAUGGGGUUUUCGGCUACAUGGAGAAAAUGGGUUUUAAGAUUGAUGAAAGGUCUUGCAUUUUGUAUUUGAUCGCAUUGAAGAAGUGUGGUAAAGGUGAUUCACUUUUGGGGGUUUUUAGAAGAAUGGUUGAGUCUGGUGUGGAAGUCAGUGUUUAUUCUAUGACAAUUGUGAUUGAUGGAUUGUGUAAUAGAGGGGAAGUUGAGAAAGGUAGAGAGUUGAUGAAUGAAAUGGUUAAUAAAGGGGUUAAAGCUAAUGUUAUUACUUAUAAUACAAUUUUAAAUGCAUAUAUUAAAACGAAGGAUUUUGGGGUUGUUACUGAGGUUUUGAGGUUGAUGGAGAAGGAGAAUGUGGAGUAUAAUGCAGCCACUUAUACUGUUUUGAUUGAGUAUUUUGGAAGUGUUGGUAAGCAUGAAGACGUUGAGAAGCUGUUUGAUGAAAUGCGUGAAAGAAGGGUGGAAAUGGAUGUUCAUCUUUACACUUCUAUGAUUAGUUGGCACUGUAGAAGAGGGAAUAUUAAGAGGGCUGUUUCGUUGUUUGAUGACUUGACUGAGAAAGGCCUUGUUCCGAAUGCACAUGUUUAUGGGGCUUUAAUUGAUGGUCUCUGCAAGACUGAGCAGAUGGAGGCAGCUCAGAUGAUGGUAAAUGACAUGCAAAGUCAAGGGAUUGAUGUAAAUCAGGUGGUAUUUAAUACACUUCUGCAUGGAUAUUGCAGAAAGGGGAUGAUGGAUGAUGCUUUGAGUCGACUGGCUGCGAUGGAGAAGAAAGGGUUGCAGCCUGAUGUGUUUACUUACAACACAAUAGCUAGUGGGAUGAGUAAAUUGAAACGACAUGAGGAAGCAAAGAGAUGGUUGUUCAUGAUGGUAGAAAAGGGAGUUACUCCUAACGUAGUCAACUUCACUACUUUGAUUGAUAUUCACUGCAAAGAAGGGAACUUUGUUGAGGCAAAGAGGCUAUUUCAACAGAUGGAGAGAAGGGGAGAGAGGCCUGAUACCAUUACAUACAAUGCUCUCAUUGAUGGAUAUACCAAGAAAGGGAAACUGAAGGAUGCUUAUAAGGUAAGGGAUGAGAUGGAAGCCAAGGGGAGAAUUCCAGAUGUAUACACAUACACAUCACUUGUGCAUGGUGAAUGUAUUUAUGGGAAGGUAGAUGAGGCAAUGAAACUGUUUAAUGAAAUGCAUCAAAAGGGUCUAGUUCCAAAUGUAGUCACCUAUACAGCAAUUAUUUCAGGGUUGUCUAAGGAAGGCAGAUCAGAUGAAGCUUUUAGAUUGUACAAUGAGAUGAUCAAUGUGGGCCAUAUGCCUGAUCAAAGAGUUUAUAGCGCACUUGUGGGUAGCCUUCAUACAGUCAGGGAUCAAUAGUUCUGAUUGCUGGUAAUGUUUGCUUCAACUGUGGAGAUUGGACGGUCCUUGACCGUGCUGUUCUUUUUCUAGUGGUAUGUAGUUUAGACCUCACAAUAUGCAGCUUGGUGCUAACAAAAUCUCAACCUAUCUUCUGGAUGACAUAUAUUACCAUCCUGAUGCUAGGACUUUAACCAAAGAACAUUCUUGUUUAAGAAAAAUGCCUGUGAACGGAUAUGCUUGCCAAAUCAUGUUGCCCAGGAUAGUUUGAAAGCAAGCAUGGCUGAACUUGAGGCUUCGUUGAGAUGUUGGUCAUCACAUCCCACUGCCAUGGAUGCUGCACCUGGGAAGUACGUAUCAACAGUGGGCAAUCAAAUUAUAUGGCUUUGGAAUCCAUGCAAGUUUGUGUCCUUCAUGACCUCUAUCAUUAAUGUGACUAAAUUAUAUGCGGCUUGGAUUGCAUUAGACUUGAUGUUUUUGCUGAAGAGUGUUUGCUUGCUGAGAGAAGUAAGUUCAGUAGAUGAAGAGGAUCUGAGAGAAACAGAAACACCAAAUUUUAUCAUGAAUUUCUCAGGGUUGUAAUUGCUUACCCAUAAACAAGAUUCACCCCGUUCUUGGGCACUAAUUAUGCGUAGAUGGUUCGAUAGUGGAAACUGCUACACUGCAGAUGAUGCUAUUCCCAAGUAUGUUUGUAUGUUUUAGCCUCUUCACUUCUACACCCUUCUUUUAGGCAGCAAGGUGUACGUUGGGGUGUCUGAAUAACCAAAAUCUUCAUACAGAGGAAUUGAACUUGAGCUGUGUAAUAGUCUAAUAGAGAACCUUAGGUACCUCCAUUCUCAUGUGUGAAUCAAGAUAGAAGAUCCUUUUAUCUUUGUGAAACUGCAGUGAAGACCUUGCUUAUGAUAUUCCUUGUAUUGCCACCUGAUAUGACAGACAAAAUGAUGAUGACUGCAAAUCCAUCACAGAAGGAAGUUGCAGAGGAUGUUGAGGAUGCUGUACUAACUUUAAUGAAUAAGUAUUAUAUAUCUGUUUCAGGAAAUGGCUAAGCUUUCAAAAGAUUCUAAAGGAUAGGAACUGUCAGUUGCUCAUCUCUGAUUAGGUAUGACAGGUAGAAGGGAUCAUGAGAUGAAUGACCCUGGAACUACAGAAGGAAUGGGAUGCCUCCUAAUGGUGUACUCUAAAAGGCAAGCUGAUGAACUUAUCUAUAACUUUGUCUAACAAAAAAUGGCAUUUUAGACUUGCUUCGUUGGUCUUAACCUGCAUAUUGCAAAUGUGUAUGAAAUUUUGUCCUGAAACUUCUAGUGUACAUGUAUUUCAAUGAAGGUCCUUUUUCUUUUUUCCCAGAUAAUUUCCCUGAAGGGCUUUCUGUUAGGCAUAUUAUAUAACUAGUUAUUACCGCUGCUGCUAUUUCUUUGUCUUUGUUACGUGUAAAAACUUGUUGCAGUACUAUCAGAAUCAGCAUGUUUUUUGUUUGUGGUCAGUCUUCAGAAAACCUAUAUUCAAUUAAAGCACCUUGAGUAGUUAUUAAACGUACUUAAGGCAUCUGUGUAAGGUUAAUUCUAUUCCUAAGCUGACUGUAUGGCAGUCAAGGCUGCUUUCUGCAAUCA